CUUUCUCUCUCUUCCUUCUGUGAACGGCAGCAGUAGGAGAUAAGUGAAAAGUAAUUGUUGACGCGCGAUGUUUAUCUGACGCAGUGUGUGAAAGAUCGACGAUGUGAAAAAGAGAUCGGGAGAUAAAAUACGAGUAGAAGGACGAAUAAGCUCGGUGAGAAUUUAAGGUUUAGGAUUAGUAGUCGUGAACGGUUUGUGACAAUACUUCUAGUGAGUUUGUGGACGGUGUUAGUGUUGAGCUAUCACCUGGACUGCGAGUUCCCUACAGUCACUUUGUGUGAUAAUAUUCUCAGCGCUGUUCACACCCUACUGCCAGGAUACAGUCUCGCACUUCAUCCUUCGAAGUCAGCCUUGGAAUUUUACGUCGUGACCAAACUCAAAAUAUUGAUAACUUCUGUGUGUCGUUCCUGAAGCUGGAUUGGUGGUAAUGGCUUGUCCUCUUCCAGCGAAAGACGACAACUCGGGUCUCAAGAUCUGUAUUAUUGAUUUGUUCAUCUAAUACAAUUCUCACAGGGAACAAGAGCAAUUUAUUCCAAGAAAAAAAAACCCACCUAAUAUAUAACAUGACUUCAUAUUUUGACUAGUAUCAAAUCUAUAACUAGUAUCCCGCUUUGUUACCAAAAAGUUAGAAUUUGGGUUUUUAGGAAAUAAGAAUAAUAAACCUUAAGACCCAUACCAGACAUUUACGGAGUAAGAAAAACACGUGAGUGAUUCAUCAGGGACAGUUUAUUCAGUUUGGUCAACCAUCAGAAGGUCCUGGUUCGCAUCCCGGUCCUGAGGUGGACAUAAGAAUGACCGCUGCAGUAGCUGUCAUGUCGGCGUCCAGCACACCCACUCUGCCCAAGCGUCACGGCUUCUCUAUAGAGUCCCUCAUCGGAAAGCCGGACAAUGUGUCCCCGACCCCACCACCACUGCCGCCUACAGCCAUAUCUCUGCAGCAGCCGUCCUUGUCUCUGGCGCAUACAGAAGCGACAGCAGCAGCAGCAGCAGCAGCAGCAGCAGUGUCACCAGCAUCAUCAGCAGCAACAUCUACGAUGUCGAAGACUGCUGCUGUUACCCCAUCUCCACCCCCUCAAAGACCUCUUCCCAUCCGACCCUCUGUUCUCGGAGGUGCCAAAGAAGACAGACAUCAUAGUAACAUUAUUGUUGACAGAGAACGGGAAUCUUUGAGAGACAGGGAGUUGAGAGAAUUCAGAGACAGAGAAGUGACGCGAGAGCGUGAGAGAGAUUUGGAAAUUCUUCGUGAUAGAGAAGCGCGAGAAAGAGAACUCGUGUUAGAGAGUAUGCGCGAAAGAGAACGGGAGCUGAGAGAACUCCGCGAAGCCAGAGACAGAGAAAUAGCCAACCGGGAGAGAGAGAUGCGUGAACUCAGAGACAAUCGGGAUGGCCGCAGUUCGAAUCCCGCAACCGCUGGCCUCCUCCACCACGCUCAUUCCUCUCCUCGUUCUCUCACUCCUCCCAGUCCAAGACUCGAAAAAUCCGCAUCUCCGGAGACAGAAAACAGACUAAGUGCCUGGUCGGGUGAGGAAUUCAAACACCUUCUGGGCAACUUCCAUGGCGGUCAGCUCGAUUCCAACGGACUAUACCAGCCCUUGAGAGUGUGCAAUAGAGCUUUAGCAUCCAUGAACGGCAUUGGCCACGCGGGACCCCCUGGACCUCUUGGAGUCGGGGUGCCCCCUCAGUUCGCUCACCUACCUAUCAAUCCGUUGUUGUAUAAUUUACCACGUGACUUGUCACCCCAGACUCAUCCUUUGUUGGCCGCCAGAUACCCGGGAUUCAUGCACCCGCGAUAUCCAAUGGGCCCCCCUCCAGGUCUGUUGUUCCACCCAUACAGAAAGCCAAAGAGGAACCGCACCGCUUUCUCCCCCUCCCAGCUGUUGCAGCUGGAGCAGGCAUUCGAAAAGAACCACUACGUGGUGGGCCAGGAACGCAAGACACUGGCAGCCAAACUCCAACUCACAGAGACUCAGGUCAAGGUAUGGUUCCAGAACCGCCGUACAAAGCACAAGAGAAUGAAGGCAGAAGAAGAUGGUGGUUCUUCCGGGUCACACACAGAAGGUCAAGAUGGCGAGUCAGGGAGAUCCGUUGAUGGAAGCGACCUCACGACUUACGUGGAACAUGACGACGAGGAAGACCCCUGCAGUGAGGAAGAAGAGGAGCUCUCUGUGACGGAAGAUUGUUAGAGCCUUUACAGCGGUUUUUGCCCGUCGUCUACAUCGACAGCAUCACUGUUUGCGACUUCGGGAGUUCUUCAGUCCGAAACGCAACGUUCAUUUGUCAUGAUGAAGAGAACUUUAUCGCCAGCGUGCGUCACUUGCCAGAGGCGUGAGGUUUUGUUAAGUUUUAAAUCAGCGUUUGCACCCAUAACAGCGAUACAAUUCAAAGUGGUCCUGAUGUGCUAUUUCGCUGACUUUGAAGCCACUAACAAUUUGCAUUGUUGCGUUUGGUAGUAGCUCCCAUUGUUUCACGUUGUCCGGAAGUACUAAACGAGAACAAGAGCUGGUGCUGUCGCCAGUCAGAAACUGUGUAGAAAAUACAAGUUGUGAUGCAGUUGUAACGGACUGAACUAACAACAGUCAUAAAAAUGGCCAUUCGUUUUAUUCUCAACGACAACCUAUUGAUACUGUGAGACAUGGUGAUGAAACGAUCAGUUAAGAACUGGCUCACAAAAUUUACUCUCACUGGCCAGAGCUGAUGUGCAUGAAUGUUCUCUAACUUUGCCAGGGUUCUCUACCCAAGUCAGAGCAGCGAGUACUACAACACUUGUACCAUAAUUAUUUUGCCCC